AUGACGGAAGCGAAUAUUCUAUACUGUUCGGUAUCCGUCAGGUACCGUGUGAUGAAUAACUCGAGCAAAAGUUUCUUCAGAUGGAUUAUUUCAGAAAUAUUCUGCUGCUGGAAACAACAGAACGAACUUCCCGAAAACUUGGCCGUGAGCUACACGGAGAUAACGCACUCAAAUACGGCAGACGCGGUGGAACUGCAGCUGCGGAACUACGUGAACUCGCAAGAGCCGUACAAUCCGGAAGUGCACGGCUGGAGGGACAUCACGCCACCCGUUAUGCGAUCCGUCAAGCACAGCGAGCGAGCUACACAGCUGGUGACAGCCAUCCGUAUGUCAGGGCUGCAGGACAUCGAAAUACUAGGCGUGCCCGAUGGACACAGCUAA